UUGACGACAAAGAUAGAGUUGUAUCAGAGGCGUAGCCAGGGGGGGCGUCACAUUUUCGAAUUUUCGCGCGUCUUGGCGAUGUUGGGUUAUACCGCUGUUGUACCGUUUAGCGGGCUUGCGUUUAACGCGGCGAUGAGCAACGGCAAAUGGAGUAUCUAACACUGAAAAAGAUUUCUGCAAUGUCGCUUCUUCGGCUUCGCGCGUUUCUGCCACCCUGAAGUAUAAGAUUUGUGAAUCAAUGUCAGUGUCUGAUCAACUGCGUACCUACCCCUCCCCCAACCCAACAUUAACCCUAACUUAUUAUCAGUUGACUGUUUUUAAGUCAGGGGAGGGGUAAGUGCAGAGUUGUUCAGUCUGACAUUGAUCCAGAUUUGUGUAUAUUAAAAUAAGAAAGAAUAAGUCAUUUCAUUAUGGAGAUUGCGGGUUUGCGGACUUCCGGAGCUACGCCCUUGAAGAAAAGCUCAAUACAAGUUAUAAUCUCAUCAACAUUUUAAUUCCAGUUCUGUUGACUGAUUCAAUUACAAGUUUCUAAUUCUGUGGAAAUGUCAGGCAGCAGAUUACUAGAGACAAUAAAGCUACGAAAUGAAAAAGAAUAAGUUAUAAUCUCAUCAACAUUUUAGUUCCAGUUCUGUUGACUGUGUCCAAUUCUGUGGAAAUGUCAAGCAGUAGAUUACUCGAGACAAUAAAGCUACGAAAUGAAAAAGAAUAAAGCGACUACUUUUGAUAGAAUUGCAUACACGAUUCACCCAGAAACUCGCUAAUCAGCCUCGAAUUAAGAGAAUUUCCAACGGAUACCCAAGUUUUUUCGGUUUUAGUCUCUUACCGCGCAUACAAUCUAUACACGUGAGAUAAAAAAUGGCGAUGUAGGAGUCAGGAAACUAUAUCAGCCCAGGACCUGUGGCUGUAUUCACACACAUUUCUCUUAAAUCAUUCAUGCAGUGUUUUUCUUCAAGCACAAGGAAAAGGCAGAGGAUGUAACAGACCGACGUGGAGGUCAAGGGUUUAAGCCCCAGACCGGACCAACACUUAGGGUCUUAAAAAUUACGAAGGAGAAUAUGCUACUUUUGUUCGACUGGUUUGCAGAGGACGUUGAAAAAAGAAAAAAAAACCCAAGCACUUCUCGCGGAGAGUAGGGAACGUUCUAGCAAAGAGUAAGGAACGUAGCUCCUGGUGUUGUGUUUUUGGCUUUGUUUCCCAAAAUUCCUUAAUUGGUGGCACCUGCAAAAUUCUCUUUCAAAAAUAUUGUAAAUUACUCAAUGCAGUGUGGCCAAAUUCCCCCGCAAAGUUUUGUUACGUGUAUUAGAGCAUAUUCUUACGGAGAAUGCGCUAUAUAAAAACAUCACUGUCACCAUUGUUGUAUUUCAACUUUCCUUAACUUUUACGUACACCCAAGUGUGUGACCCUCUCAGAAAUCUCUUGAAAGCCCACAUAAAAUGAUGAUGUCACUGUAAACUUCGUUCGACCGCGCAUGAGAGCUGUUGCUACACAAUAAUGCUAAUGUCACGAAAUAAAACUUUCAUUGAAUUUUUUUUAUCACGGAUUUGCCAUUUCGAUAAUUAUGUACGUUUGAGUUUCCGUAACCACGUUGUGAAACUAGAAAGUUGUUGGUUAAAUCUUUGUUAUUUAUGUCAUGGGGUAUGUCCUCGUGAGUUGAGGAAACCUAGGUCGUUAAAUAUAACCUUUUACUUCGCAAAACGUUCAAGGUUAUUUCACUUCCGUUUCCUAUUUCAGUUUUGACGAAAGCCUUGAGGCCACAAACCUCUUCCCCUUCUAGAUAAAGGCCAAAGUCGCGCCUGAUAGAUAAUCUUGUGGGUAGCUUAUCCAGGAUUAUGUCGAAUAUUUUUUAUUAGCAUCUGAUGUUACUUGGAAAAUUCCCAAUAUUUAUCUCAUGACAAUUAACAACUACCCGCCUCAGUACCUGCAAUUGCAUCUGUUCGUCUGUUAGCGAAAAGAAGCAAUUAGCGAAGACCGAACAAGUCAAUGUUGGACAUUUGUAUUUUAUCAGUUCUAGAGAUUGCGAUACACUGAAGUUCAUACAGUUGCCCUCACUUUUGCAAGAAUGGCCGAUGAAAACGAGAAUUCUGCUCCAUCAGUUCAAGACUGCUGGAAGGCGAUGCAACAUGGAUCAAAGAUGAUCAAACUGGAUGUCAACAGGAAGGGCCAUCAUAAAAAAACCUUUGUCCUUGAUAAAGAGAUGACAGAAAUAAGAUAUGAGCCGUCAAAGAAGAACUCUCGGUUUAAGAUUGACAAAAUGACAGAAAUACAAUUUGGAGACAGUGUCAAGGACCUCUUCCAAGGAUUUUUGAAAAAGCACUCCCUCGAGAACUGUAUUUCCAUUAAGUUUGGCAACAAUGGGGGUAGUGCAGCUCUCAAUGUGGUGGCAGAGUCAAGGGAAGUGGCAGACUUUUGGAUAAGAGGACUUCAAAAGCUCAUUAUCAACAGAGGUAAUCUCGAGAAGGAGGACAAGGAAAAUCGCGAUCAAUGGCUCGUGGAAGCCUUUGAGAAAUUUGACAAGAACAAAGAUGGCUCAUUAGGUUUAAAGGAAGUCCAGAGACUUGUCGAAGCUUUGAACGUCAGCAUGAGUCCAAGCCAAGUGAAAAAGAAAUUUAAGGAAGUGAACACAGAUGGCGAUGCAGCGCUUAAUAAAGACGAAUUUGCCACAUUCUUCAAGACAAUAUCUACAAGAAAGGAAAUUGUCGAUCUCAUGAAGCAGAAUUCAUCCAAUGGAGCACACAUGAAUGAAGAUGAUUUCCAUUAUUUUGUGACAAAUGUACAAGGGAUGCCUAACGCCAGCAGAGAAUACUGCUUGGAUAUGAUUUUGACCCAUGAACCAACAGAGACGGGGAAGAGGAGGCAUGAAUUAGGAAUUGACGGGUUGACGAGCUACCUCAAAUCUCCAGAGGGGGACAUUUUCGACCCCGCCCAUGACAAAAUUUACCAAGACAUGACUCACCCACUCACUCAUUACUACAUUGCCUCGUCCCACAACACUUAUCUUCUACAAGAUCAGCUCCGUGGUCAGUCCAGUGUGGAUGCUUAUAUCAAUGCUCUGAAGAAAGGUUGUCGUUGUGUAGAGUUGGACUGUUGGGAUGGCGAUAAUGGAGAACCUAUUGUUUAUCAUGGUCAUACGCUCACCUCCAAGAUUCUCUUCAAGGAUGUCAUCGAAGCUGUUAAUAGAUAUGCGUUCGAGGUUUCGGAAUAUCCGGUUAUCCUCUCCUUGGAAAACCAUUGUAAUCUUUCAAAUCAAAAGAAAAUGGCUGAAAUACUCGAAGAAAUACUUGGCGAUACACUGUACAAAAUUCCCGUAGAUAAGGAAUUCGAUACUUUUCCAUCUCCAGAGUUCUUCAAGAACAAAAUUCUCAUCAAGGGUAAGAAAUUAAAACCAGAGCAAGAGAAAGAUGGUGACGACGAAGGUGACGUCACAGAUGAAGACGAAGCAGCUGAUAUUGAUCAAGAGGCAGCUUCGGUUGCAAUGGCAAAAGAAAAUGCGGGCGCGGAAGCUGGUUCGAGUGCAGGCGCAGAAGGACCCUCUACCACCAGUACUUCUCCUCCGGUUAAAAAGAAGCAAAAGAAACCAAAAAAGGAAAGCAUUCGUAGAUCUUUUCGUUCCGUUGGUAAAGUGGUACGCAGCGCUGGUAAAUUUAAAGACGAAACAGAUGAUGAAAAGAGCGGCAAAAAAAAGAAGAAACAGAAGCUGGCCAAAGAGCUCUCCCGCUGCGUAAACUACGUGUCCAGUGUGGGAUUCAAGGGUUUUGAACACGCCAAACAAAAUAGCAAGUUUCACCAAAUGUCCUCUUUUGUGGAAUCCAAAAUGGUCAACUUGGUGAACUCUCAAGGAGCUGAGUUUGUUGAAUACAACAAGAGACAGCUCAGCAGAAUUUACCCGGCCGGAGGGAGAGUGGACUCUAGUAACUACAACCCUCAACAGGCCUGGAACGCAGGAUGUCAAAUAGUUGCCUUAAACUACCAAACGGAUUCUGAACCCAUGCACUUGAACCAAGGAAAAUUUAGAACAAAUGGACGAGCUGGCUACAUUCUGAAGCCUAAAGUUCUACGAGACUCCUCAUUAAAGUUGAAUCCUCUCACUAAGACAGAAAUUCCCGGUGUGGAGAAGGUUACACUAUCCAUAACGGUCAUUUCUGGUCAACAACUUCCAAAGCCAGCUAAAGAAGGAGAAAAAGGAGAGAUCAUUGAUCCUUAUGUAAAACUCGACUUUCAUGGCAUACAAGCUGACACGGCGUCUUUCAAGACGAAAGUCGUCAAAGACAAUGGUUUUAAUCCAAUGUGGAAGGAGAAGUUUGAAAAGGUUUUGCUGAUGCCGGAGCUCACCAUGAUUCGAUUUGCCGUAUUCGACGAAGAUGUUGGAAUUGCGGACGACUUUAUUGGCCAGUUCUCUAUACCCUUCACCAGUUUAAGACCAGGUUACAGGCAUAUUCAUUUGUUGGGUAACAAAGGCGAAUCUCUAGGCUAUGCAACCCUCUUCGUUAACAUUGAGAUCAACAGCUCAGGAUCCAACAGCAAUACGUCUUCACCUAUGGAGACGGCUUCACCGACGAUCUCGAGAUUUUAGAUGAUGAUCACCCAUUUAGCACGAAAUUUCUUUAUUUUCUUCGCUGACUCGUCCCUAGUCGUCUGUCUACCUUUAGGGAAGCGCGGGAUCUGCGCUAAUGUUAGUCUCCCGCGAAAAAUACGAGACGACUAGGGACGAGUUAGUCUUCUUUGCUUUCUUCUACCGGAAUCUUUGGUCAACUUAUAUUAUAAGGGUAAUAAGUUGUUAACGUGUAUCGUCACGAGUGGAUCACUUUUCAGUUGAGUGUCGCGAGACCACAACCAAAAUAUUU